AUGACCAGUUUCAUUUCCUUGAACUCCGUGCUGACAUUUUUUGAUAGUUCUAUUGCCCUCCUCUUCUUCAUUGAUGAACUUCUACUCGUCCUUCAGGACUCAGCUCACAAGGGCCAGAUGGUAGAUAGUUUAACUUCUGUGGGCCACACGGUCCCAGCCACACAGCUCUGUCCUCGUUGGAAGGCAGCUAUGGACAACUGUGGACAAAUGGCUGUGACUACUACAGCUGAGCUACAAGCUGCUCCAGUUGAUGUACUAAAAGCUCUAGAUUUUCACAAUUCUCCAGAGGGAAUAUCAAAAACAACGGGCUUUUGCACAAACAGAAAGAAUUCGAAAGGGUCGGAUACUGCUUACAGAGUUUCAAAGCAGGCCCAGCUCAGCGCCCCGACAAAACAGCUCUUUUCAGGAGGAACUUUCCCAGAAGAUUUUUCAAUAUUAUUUACAGUAAAACCCAAAAAAGGAAUUCAGUCUUUCCUCUUAUCUAUCUACAAUGAGCACGGCAUUCAGCAAAUCGGCGUGGAGGUCGGGAGGUCGCCCGUCUUCCUGUUUGAGGACCAUCUGGGGAAGCCCGCCCCCGAAGACUACCCCCUGUUCCGCACGGUCAACCUCGCCGAUGGGAAGUGGCACCGGGUCGCCAUCAGCGUGGAGAAGAAAACCGUGACCAUGAUCGUUGACUGUAAGAAGAAAACGACCAAGCCGCUGGGGAGAAGCGAGCGCGCCAUCGUGGACACCAACGGGAUCACGGUGUUCGGCACGAGGAUUCUGGAUGAAGAAGUGUUUGAGGGGGACAUCCAACAGCUGCUGAUCAGCAGUGACCCCAAGGCCGCCUACGACUACUGCGAGCAUUACAGCCCCGACUGCGAUUCCUCGGUGCCCAAGGCCGCGCAGGCGCAGGAGCCGCAGAUCGAUGAGUAUGCGCCCGAGGAGGUGGUGGAGUAUGACUAUGAGUAUGGGGACGCAGACUAUAAAGAGGCUGACAGUGUGACAGGGACGCCCACUGUAGCCGAGGAGACCGUAGCACAAACCGAGAAGAAGAAAUCCCAUUUCCAACAGAAGACGAGGACAGUGGCCACUAGCUCAAAGGAAAAGCCCCAAAAGUUUACGCCCCCUAAAUCUGACCGAUUUGCAUCCAAGAAGAAGAAAAGUUACAGAGCAGCGGCCACAGCCAGACUAGGGGUCCAGGCAAACAUCGUGGAAGAUUUUCAGGAAUACAACUACGGGACCAUGGGAAGCUACCAGACCGAAGCUCCCCGGCGUGUCUCCGGCACCAACGAGCCAAGUCCCAUGGAAGAUGUGUUCACCGAAGAAUAUCUAACCGGAGAGGAUUAUGAGGCCCAGAGGAAAAACCCCGAGGAUACACUGUAUGAGAACAAAGAAAUAGACGGCAGGGACUCUGACCUUCCGGUAGAUGGAGAUUUAGGCGAAUAUGAUUUUUAUGAAUAUAAAGACUAUGAAGAUAAGCAAACGAGCCCCACUAAUGAAGAGUUUGGUCCAGGGGUCCCGGCAGAAACAGAUAUCACAGAAACCAGCAUAAAUGGCCAUGGCGGAUACGGGGAAAAAGGGCAGAAAGGGGAGCCGGCGGUCGUUGAACCUGGAAUGCUGAUCGAAGGACCACCAGGGCCAGCCGGACCUGCGGGUCUUAUGGGCCCUCCAGGUCUACAAGGCCCGUCUGGACCCCCCGGCGACCCUGGCGAUAGGGGUCCCCCAGGGCGUCCUGGCUUACCAGGAGCUGAUGGCCUACCAGGUCCUCCUGGCACCAUGCUGAUGUUACCGUUUCGCUAUGGCGGCGGUGAUGGCUCCAAAGGACCAGUGGUCUCUGCUCAGGAGGCGCAGGCCCAGGCGAUCCUGCAGCAGGCUCGGAUUGCGCUGAGGGGUCCCCCUGGCCCAAUGGGUCUAACCGGAAGACCAGGUCCUGUGGGGGGGCCUGGUUCAUCGGGGGCCAAAGGAGAGAGUGGUGACCCAGGUCCGCAGGGCCCUCGUGGUGUCCAAGGGCCGCCUGGUCCGACGGGGAAACCUGGCAAAAGGGGUCGUCCAGGUGCUGAUGGAGGAAGAGGAAUGCCAGGAGAACCUGGGUCAAAGGGGGAUCGAGGAUUUGAUGGACUUCCAGGUCUGCCAGGUGACAAAGGCCACAGGGGUGAACGCGGUCCCCAAGGCCCUCCCGGCCCUCCUGGCGAAGACGGAAUGAGGGGGGAAGAUGGAGAAAUCGGACCGCGGGGUCUCCCAGGGGAAGCUGGCCCGCGGGGCUUGCUGGGGCCUCGGGGCACCCCAGGACCUGUGGGGCAGCCUGGCAUCGCCGGGAUCGACGGCCCCCAGGGACCGAAGGGCAACAUGGGUCCCCAGGGGGAGCCCGGGCCUCCGGGUCAGCAGGGGAACCCCGGGCCGCAGGGUCUCCCGGGCCCGCAGGGUCCCAUCGGCCCUCCCGGGGAAAAAGGACCUCAAGGCAAACCUGGGCUCGCGGGCCUCCCGGGUGCUGACGGGCCUCCUGGUCACCCUGGGAAGGAAGGCCAGUCCGGAGAUAAGGGUGCUCUGGGUCCGCCUGGCCCACAGGGGCCUAUUGGCUAUCCUGGCCCCAGAGGAGUGAAGGGAGCAGACGGUGUCAGAGGUCUCAAGGGCUCUAAAGGUGAAAAGGGUGAAGAUGGUUUCCCAGGAUUCAAAGGUGACAUGGGUCUUAAAGGUGACAGAGGAGAAGUUGGUCAAUUAGGUCCAAGAGGAGAAGAUGGCCCUGAAGGCCCCAAAGGCCGAGCAGGACCCACUGGGGACCCCGGUCCUUCCGGUCAAGCAGGAGAGAAGGGGAAACUUGGUGUUCCAGGAUUGCCCGGGUACCCAGGAAGACAGGGUCCAAAGGGUUCCACUGGAUUUCCCGGGUUCCCAGGGGCCAACGGAGAGAAAGGCGCACGGGGCGUCGCGGGCAAGCCAGGCCCUCGCGGGCAGCGCGGUCCCACGGGUCCUCGGGGUUCGAGAGGAGCACGAGGCCCCACCGGGAAGCCGGGUCCGAAGGGCACUUCGGGCGGUGACGGCCCCCCAGGCCCUCCUGGCGAGAGAGGCCCUCAAGGACCUCAGGGUCCGGUUGGAUUCCCAGGACCAAAAGGCCCUCCUGGACCACCUGGGAAGGAUGGCCUGCCAGGGCACCCUGGGCAACGUGGAGAGACUGGAUUUCAAGGCAAGACCGGCCCCCCUGGGCCCGGGGGCGUUGUUGGACCACAGGGGCCCACUGGCGAGACCGGUCCCCUGGGCGAACGCGGACAUCCUGGGCCCCCGGGGCCGCCUGGUGAGCAAGGCCUUCCUGGCGCUGCAGGAAAAGAAGGUGCAAAGGGCGACCCAGGCCCUCAAGGCGUCUCAGGGAAAGACGGCCCGGCAGGCCUCCGUGGUUUCCCCGGCGAACGAGGUCUCCCUGGAGCUCAGGGUACACCUGGCCUGAAAGGAGGAGAGGGACCCCAGGGCCCACCAGGUCCAGUGGGCUCCCCAGGGGAGCGGGGGUCGGCAGGCACCGCAGGCCCCAUCGGAUUGCCAGGGCGUCCAGGACCCCAGGGUCCCCCCGGUCCAGCCGGAGAGAAAGGUGCUCCUGGAGAGAAGGGGCCCCAGGGCCCCGCGGGCAGGGACGGUGUGCAAGGCCCCGUGGGGCUCCCCGGGCCGGCUGGGCCCGCCGGCUCCCCCGGGGAGGACGGAGACAAGGGUGAAAUCGGGGAGCCCGGACAGAAAGGCAGCAAGGGCGACAAAGGAGAAAAUGGUCCUCCCGGCCCCCCAGGUCUUCAGGGUCCCGUCGGCGCCCCUGGAAUUGCUGGAGGCGACGGGGAGCCAGGGCCCAGAGGUCAGCAGGGGAUGUUUGGACAGAAAGGGGAUGAGGGAGCAAGAGGCUUCCCGGGACCCCCUGGUCCCAUCGGUCUUCAGGGUCUGCCAGGCCCACCUGGUGAAAAAGGUGAAAAUGGGGAUGUCGGUCCCAUGGGUCCACCUGGCCCUCCCGGCCCCAGAGGUCCCCAAGGUCCCAACGGAGCUGAUGGACCCCAAGGACCUCCAGGAUCCAUUGGUUCCGUUGGUGGUGUUGGAGAAAAGGGUGAACCUGGAGAAGCGGGAAACCCAGGGCCGCCCGGGGAAGCAGGCACGGGGCCCGGCGCGGCUGGACCUCCCGGCGCCAAGGGGCCGCCUGGGGACGAUGGCCCGAAAGGCAACCCGGGUCCUGUUGGUUUUCCUGGAGACCCAGGUCCUCCCGGGGAGCCCGGCCCUGCGGGUCAAGAUGGUGUUGGUGGUGACAAGGGCGAGGAUGGCGACCCCGGGCAGCCGGGUCCUCCCGGCCCCUCUGGUGAGGCGGGCCCGCCAGGUCCUCCUGGGAAAAGAGGUCCUCCGGGAGCAGCAGGUGCAGAGGGACGGCAAGGGGAGAAGGGCGCCAAGGGGGAAGCAGGUGCCGAAGGACCUGCCGGGAAGACUGGCCCAGUUGGGCCUCAGGGCCCCGCCGGGAAGCCCGGUCCGGAGGGCCUGCGGGGCAUCCCCGGGCCUGUGGGAGAACAAGGUCUCCCCGGAGCUGCAGGCCAAGACGGGCCUCCCGGUCCCUUGGGACCCCCCGGAUUACCUGGCCUCAAAGGGGACCCUGGCUCCAAGGGCGAGAAGGGGCAUCCUGGUUUGAUUGGCCUGAUCGGGCCUCCAGGGGAACAAGGCGAGAAGGGUGACAGAGGGCUGCCCGGGACCCAGGGAUCCCCAGGAGCGAAGGGCGAUGGGGGGAUUCCAGGCCCUGCUGGUCCCAUCGGGCCCCCUGGUCCUCCAGGCUUACCAGGCCCUCAAGGUCCCAAGGGGAACAAAGGCUCCACGGGACCUGCCGGCCAGAAGGGCGACAGUGGUCUGCCAGGGCCCCCCGGGCCUCCGGGUCCACCUGGGGAAGUCAUCCAGCCUCUACCCAUCCUGUCACCCAAGAAGACAAGACGACACACGGAGGGCAUGCAGGCUGACGGGGGGGACGCUACUCUCGACUACUCGGACGGGAUGGAGGAAAUAUUCGGUUCCCUCAAUUCCCUGAAACAAGACAUUGAGCACAUGAAGUUUCCAAUGGGCACGCAGACCAACCCCGCCCGCACGUGCAAAGACCUGCAGCUCAGCCACCCCGACUUCCCUGACGGCGAAUACUGGAUCGAUCCUAACCAAGGCUGCUCAGGAGAUUCCUUCAAGGUUUACUGCAAUUUCACGUCGGGCGGCGAGACCUGCAUUUACCCAGACAGGAAAUCCGAGGGGGUGAGAAUUUCAUCAUGGCCAAAGGAGAAGCCGGGAAGCUGGUUCAGUGAAUUUAAGAGAGGAAAACUGCUUUCCUAUCUGGACGUGGAAGGCAAUGCCAUCAACAUGGUGCAGAUGACCUUCCUGAAGCUGCUGACGGCGUCCGCGCGGCAGAACUUCACCUACCACUGCCACCAGUCCGCGGCCUGGUACGACGCGGCCACCGGCGGGUACGGCAAAGCGCUCCGGUUCCUGGGGUCCAACGACGAGGAGAUGUCCCACGACAACAGCCCGUACAUCAGGGCGCUGCACGACGGCUGCGCGUCCAGAAAAGGCUACGAAAAGACUGUGAUUGAAAUCAACACACCGAGAAUCGACCAAGUCCCUAUCGUUGAUGUAAUGAUUAAUGACUUUGGUGAUCAGAAUCAGAAGUUUGGAUUCGAAGUUGGCCCCGUCUGUUUUCUUGGCUGAGAUUAGGACAAAUAACAUGUGAAAUCGACAGGAAACAUGCCUUGGUGCCACCCACCCAUUUGAUGCCACAUGCGAGUUUUGAGCAAGGAUGGCAUAGAAAACAACUCGUCACGUGUACAUGUACCAGUUAGGAGGUACUGAUGCCCUCAUCAGUGAGGGCAGAAUCACAUGGCAAAAGCUUUGAAAAUAAUUUAAAAAAAGAAAAAAAGAUAGUGUGGCUGAGAUGGAAACAAGCCUUAUUCUUGAUACCCAAUUUUCACCUCUCCUUUUCCUAUUUGGAUCUCUUUGGUGCUGUAGAAAAAAAAAAAAGAGAGAGAAAAAUAUAUAUUCAUAAAAGAUAUGGUGCUCAUUCCCAUCCGUGAAGGAUGUGCUAAAACAGUGUGUUGAAUAAAUUGUAAUUAUUUUGUG